AUGCUGUGGCGUCUCCGGAGAAAUUGCCUCCGUGUGGUCAGGGUCACCAAAUUCGUCGCGCUCGCCGUCCGAAGUUGUGUCUUCGCCGUUCGGGAUGUCCGCUCUGGCCCACCUCUCCCACCGGCCCCUGAUAUUUCUCUAUCCAAUACAUGGGCAGCGACAGCUAUGUGCAAGGGCUCUCUCGACCAGUACGGGAAGGACGAUGAACCCUCCCAGAAGAAAAAGCCACUGGGUCAGUUUAAGGGCAAGAACAAGUCAGGGAAGCCUCCACCGAAGAAGAUGCCAUCAAAUGUGAACUACAACGAUGCCGAUCCGGCGUGGUUUGUCAAGACCAUGCCCGAUCUGGCCUUGCAAAGUUUUGAACCUGCAAGUGCACUCUCUGAUAUCAACGAUGAUAAGAUAAUAAAGGCAAUACAGGAAACCGUGUUCGAUACAGCAAUCGGCGAACCUCUGGCUUUCCCCAUGCGGUCGAUGAGGGCUUUCAGAGCGUACGGACUGCCCAGUAGCAACAAGUGGAGUUAUACGUCAUUUUCCAUACUCUUUUCGGCUGUGCGGGAUGUCACUGUACAGCUGUUAACCCAGGUGAAUGCGGAGGGUCAACGAGUGAGAAGCGUGCCUGAACCAACUGGGAUUAUACUGCAGGGUCGAUCUGGUUGCGGUAAAAGCACGCUCCUGAUGCAAGCGGUCAGUCACUGUGUCGAGAACGGCUGGAUCGUGAUGUACAUCCCACGCGGGAUCGACUUGGUCAACUCCUCCUCUCCUUACCAAUACGAUGCGCGUUCCAAGCUGUUCCAGCAGCCUGAAAUUGCACGAGGACUCCUGAAGGGACUGGUUGACUUACAUCUGGAGGAGCUGGCGAAGAUAAGGACAGUGGGAGAUGUACUAUAUGGGGACAAGGGACAAACGUUCGCUGCAGGGGGGGAGUUACUACGACUGGCUCAGAUUGGUCUGGAAGAUGAAGUGGACAAGACUGCUGUUCUGGAAGGUGUUCUAGAACAGUUGGGAAAACAAACUGAAUACCCCUUUCUCUUCGCCGUGGAUGACUUUGGUGCCAUGUAUGGGAACUCGAUCUACCGGGAUCCACAGUUCUUCCCGAUCAAAGGCUAUCACUUGUCUAUCCCCCGUAUUGUGCUAGAAUAUGCCAUCGGCGAACGCCAACUAUCCCGUGGUCUGGUACUAGGUGCCAUCGGGCCCCUUCACACGCUGCACACCACCCCCGUCCCGCUGCGGGAAGCGAUCGGCGCCGAACUAUGCUGGAAAGACGCGGCAGCCGGGGCGUAUGCAAAGCGCCACCCAGCGCAAGUGCACUACUCGCAGGGACUUAGGGGGUUCCCGGUGCCGGACGAGCUGGGAGUCGAAGCUGCCAGAGGGUGGUAUAAGACUUGGAUACAGGGGUUCGUUAUGCAUACUCUACAGGAUCGUAAUGUCCUGCGCCACAUGGGCGCGGAAGAGGAGCCCGGAAGCCGGAAUCCGAAGGGGAAUGAAACGUGCUGA